CCAGCGCUGCGCCGAGUCCAGCGCUGCGCCCGUCGCAUUGACGCCAUGAAGCUCUCGCCGCUGAAAAUCUGCCUUUCGCUCGCGUUGCUGCUGCAGGAUGCACGCGGUCUCGGCGCGCCGGCGCGGCACGGCCCGGCACUGCGCGCGCGGCCGCCGCCGCUCCUGCCCGUGGUCAUGAUGGCAAAGAAGAAGAAGAAGGGCAAGGGUGCCCCGGCCGGCGCACUCGAGGCGCUCGAUGCGUGGGAGGCGGGCGAGGCGGCGGGCGGUGGCGCGGAGGCGGCGGACGACGGGCUGUCUCCCGUGGCGCCCGCCGGCAAGGCUGCAAAGAAGCCCAAAAAGGCAAAGAAGGGUGGGCUCGCGCCAGCGGCGCUGGCGGCGCUCGAGGCGCUCGAGGCGAUGGAGGCGGCGGCGGCAACAGGCGCGGCGGACGACCCGCUCGCCCCUGUCGCGCCCGCCAUGGGCAAGAAGAAGCUGAAGAAGCGCGAUCUCGCAGCUCCGCCGCCAGAGCCUGCGGCGCCCACGCCCGAGCCCGCCGCGCCGGCCGCGGCGGCGGCGCCGGCCGUGACCCUUGCAGACAAGGUGCGGGCCGUGUGCGAUCAGCUGGGCGUGGACGCCUCCUUGCCGGUGCCGGCCGCGCUGAGCGCGUGCAACGAGGCGAUGGGCAUAAGCGGAGCCGGCCCGCUGCUGGCGCAAGCGGACGAGCUGGUCAACCAGCUGGGGCUCUCGCUGGGCGCGCCCGCCGCCGCUGCCGCCGCCGCGCCGCCGCCCGCCGUCCCGUCCACGUCGCCUCCUCCUCCGCCGCUCGUGGCGGAGGAGCCCGCGCCAGCGGCGGCCGACGAGGAGGCGGCGGACGCAGCGGAGGAGGCGGUCGAGGCGGCGGCGGUCGAGGAGGCGGCGGAUGAGCCGGCGGAGCCGGCGGUGCGGCUGUCCAAGAAGAAGCAGGGCAAGGCCAAGCCGGCCGCGGAUGACGAGGCCGCCGCCGCCGCCGCCGCCGCCGCCGCCGGCGGCGGCGGCACCGACACCUCUGGCCGGCGCGGGAUGGGGUCUCGCAUCGAGCGGUUCGAGGGCGCCGAGCCAGGGUUCGCGUACCUCAAGAUGAGCGGCGGCCAGCUGCGAUUCCGCAACCAGGACGUGCUGACCGACGCGAGCUGGGACGUGCAGACGGGGCAGCGCGUCGGCCUCGUCGGAAACAACGGAGCCGGCAAGACGACGCAGCUGCGCGUCCUUGCCGGGGAGCUCGAGCUCGACGGCGGCGAGAUUGUCAAGUCAUCGGCGGACAUCAAGGUUGCCUUUCUGCGGCAGGAGUUCCGCGAGGAGCUCCGCGACGACCGCUCGCUGCGGGACGAGAUGCUCUCCGUCUUUUCGGAGGCGCGAGCGGGACAGAGAAGUAGCCGAGAAGUGCUCUCGCUCCGCGCGCGGUACGACGAGGCGGAGGCGGCGCUCGCCGCCGCAGGCGAGGACGCCGACGCGAUGCAGGGCGCGCUCGACACGAUGGCGGAGCUGCAGGCGCAGCUGGACGCGUCCGACGCGGGCGCCAUCGAGAAGCGCGCCGAGAGGAUGAUGAGUGCGAUGGGCUUCUCCCCGUCGGACGCCGAGCUGCCGGUGACCGCCUUCUCGGGCGGGUGGAAGAUGCGGAUCGGGCUCGGCAAGGCGCUGCUGCAGGAGCCGCAGGUGCUGCUGCUCGACGAGCCGACCAACCACAUGGACCUCGACUCGGUGGAGUGGCUCGAGGGCUACCUGCGCGAGCAGACGUCCAAGCUCGCCCUCGUCCUCGUCUCGCACGACCGCGAGUUCCUCGACCGCGUCUGCACUAAGAUGGUCGAGACGGAGUACGGCGUCACGCACUCACCCCGCUCCUCCCUCCGCCCCACGGCGCCCACGGCGGCGGCGCGGCACACGGCGGCGCGGCACAGCAACUACCGCUCCUUCCUGAAGCUCAAGGGCGAGCGGGUCCGGCUCGCCACCGCGGCGUGGGAGGCGCAGCAAAAGGAGAUCAAGGCGCUCAAGGCGGACGUCUCGCGCCUGCGCAACAACGAGGCCGCCGCCGCGACGGUGCGCGCCAAGGAGCGCGCGCUCGCCGAGCUGCAGCCCGGCGGCGAUAAGCACAUGCCCAAGCCCUUCACCGCACGCGCGAGGUUCGGCUUCCGCUUCCCUCCCGCGCCGCGCUGCUCCAAGGAGCUCAUCGAGCUCGAGGGCGUCGAGCACGGCUACGGCGGCUCGACCCUCUUCUCGGACGUCGACCUGUGCAUCGAGCGCGGCGACCGGAUCGCGAUCAUCGGCCCGAACGGGGCGGGCAAGUCGACGCUGCUGCGGCUCAUCCUCGGGACGGAGACCCCGCGGAGAGGCCGCGCCGAGGUGGUCGCGCCCAACGCGGUGACGCGCUACUUCGAGCAGGACCAGGCCAACGCCCUCCCCCUCGACAAGACGGUGCUGCAGACGGUACAGGACGCCUCCGCAUCGACGGACCACACGUACGAGGAGCUGCGCGCGCUGCUCGGCAAGUUCAUGUUCAAGGGCGAGAAGGUCGAAGACAAGCUCUCCCUCCUCUCGGGCGGCGAGAAGGCGCGCGUCGCGCUGUGCCGCAUGCUCCUCGAGCCGUCCAACCUGCUGCUGCUCGACGAGCCGACCAACCACCUCGACAUCGCCGCCAAGGAGGUGCUCGAGGAGGCGCUGCAGCAGUUCGAGGGCACGGUGCUCAUGGUGUCGCACGACCGCUUCUUCAUCUCGCAGACCGCCAACACGAUCCUCGCCAUCGAGGACGGCGAGCUCGUCGUGUACGACGGCGACUACAAGUCGUACCUUGAGCAGCAGGGCGGCGUCGCCGAGCAGGUCGAGGGGAGGUACGUGCCGGGCGGGCCAAAGAUCCAGUCGGCGCCGCAGAUCGAGCUCCAGCCCGAGAGCGGGGAGCAGGAGAAAAAGAAAAAGAAGAACUUUGGCGGAAAGGGCGGCCCGUCGGGCAACAAAAACAAGGGUGUCAAAAACGCGAAGCGCAUGUCCACGGCAUGAGACGUGCGUGUUGUUUGUAUAAUACGCGCCAGAGGCAG